CAAGAAAGAGUAUCAAUUUUGGUGAAAGCAGGAUUACUGAAGCAGAUGACGAUUCUCCUGGAAGUGAGGGCUCUCUUUCCGAAAAAGGAGAAGAUUCCGAAAAUUGCGGUAUGUAUGUAUAGCUAAAUAUUAAGAUGGUUUAUUUCAUGUAGACAUUGCAGCCAAUAGGCUGAAUUACGCUUGCAAUUACAAGUUAAGAAAAUUUUAAAAUACUAUGGACUAAAUGUCUCUAAAAGGAUCUAAGAAUGUUCGAUAGAGACGCUACAUUCGACAUUACCUGAAGUGUUACAAAAUAUCUGUUUGUCUGUAAUGUUUUCGUGUGUUUUUCUGUAAAAGUAAAUAAAAGUUUUGUCUGUUUUUAUGCAUAAAAUAUCGUCGAAAUUGAAGGAACAAAUGGUCCUUUCGAGUCGGAUUAUAAUCGAAAUGUUUUAGUGGAGAACCAGCGAAUAAUCGGGUAGAUUUCGCAUCGGAAUAUUAUACACUUAAUGUCUGCUCCCGAGGGAAAUAGUUAGUUUUGUUUUCCCGAGAAUCACAAUGUUCCCGAGACGAAGUCGAGGGAAACAUUAAGAUUCGAGGGAAAACAAAACUAACUAUUUCCCGAGGGAACAGGCAUUAAGUGUUUUGUGAUAUAGCGUCGAACAAAAAUCAACUUCAACAUGCAACAAUUGUAUUUCGUGACAAAAACUCUAUAGUGUAAACGAGCUUAAAAUUAAAAGAACCUACUUAAACGGUUUCAGCAGCAUACCCUGUUGCCUGUUGUGUAUUUUUCUUCUCUCUUAUAUUCUUUAUUUGAACACAAACUUGGAAAAUCGUAGUUUCUAAUUAUCUGAGUUUUGCCUCCAUUUUGUUUAUUUAUGUACGUGGCCGGUCGGGGCGGGCAACAAUUUUUCACUUGUUGGCCGGCCGGAAACAUUGCAUUUAUCUGAAGUCACGUGACCGCAAAUCAGCCAAUCACGUUUGGUGUUCACGCUAGCUAUAUAACAACGAGUUUUAUACGGAUUUUAAUAUACGAACAUACUGUAUAUAGCGACAAAAUCACGGGAUUUGGAUCGAACACUCAAUACUUAUGAUUUGAAAUAAUCACAGUUCUCGACAAAAUGGCAACAUCGACGAUUCCAGAAUUGAAGAAAGCUAAAAGAGUAGCGAAAGCAAAUAUGACAAAGGUAUUAACAGAGCUGGCUACAGUAAUGUCCGAGGCGGAAACCAAGAAAGUGAAAGUUAAACUUCAUUUGGAGCGAGUCGAAGAGUUAAGGCGAGAAGUGCUUUCUAUUUUAGAGAAAUUAGAGACUCGUUGUGACAAGAACAAGGAUUCAAAAAUGGCGAAACAAUACGGCGACGAGUACGAAGAAUUUAACGACAAAAUCGAUCGGGAAACGAGUAAUAUUAGAACAUAUUUGAACAAGACCGCAUUGACACAAGCAAAGGAAGUGGCGACACCGGAAGUAAAUGAGGGCAGUAGUGGGUUGAACGAGGGGUCUAAAUGCGAAGGGUGAACAUCGACAGUUAGAACGAAUUCGAAUUCCUGUAUUUAAUGGUGACAAGUUAAAGUUUCAACAGUGGUUUGCAGCAUUUACGAGUUGUAUUGAUAAAACUUCGAUGGAUCCACAAUUUAAAAUGCUACGACUGGAAAGUUGUUUGGAAGGGGAGGCAACAGAAACGGUGAAAGGUUUGGGAUACUCGGAAGUUGCAUAUGAAGCUGCGAAAAAUCGAUUGAUAAGAAAAUAUGAAAUAAAUAAGUUAGGCGAAAUGUCCAAGCACAUUUGGAUGAAUUACGGCGAAUGAGACAGAUUUCAGAGGGAAACCCGAAAGAGCUCGAAAAGUUUGCGGAUAUUUUGGAGCGUACUGUUGUCACAUUGAAAGAGAACAAGCGUGAGUCAGAUUUAAAGGCAGGUACCUUUAUGGUAUUGUAUUAGAGAAGGUCCCGGAGAUGCUUCUCAGUCAGUAUUAUCGAUGGCUCAAAGAACAGAAAAAGGAAGAAUCUUUGGAAACUUUGAACUGUUGGAUUGCGGAGGAAGCUGAAUACCAAACGCAUGCAGCCGAGAGUAAACGGGGAUUCGACCGUGGAAGAGAGGACAGAAAAGGUGAUGAGAAAUCAGGACGAAGGGAUUACAUGGGUCGAUUCGACAAGUCGUUUGGUACAAGUAACAUGGAGAAUCAUGGCAAGAACGAAAAGCCUUGUGUAGCUUGUGGAGAAACACAUCUUAUUUGGCGAUGUCUAAUAUUUAUGAAGGCGUGGUCUGGUGACAAGAAAUGGGAAAUGUCUAAACGUGCUGGAUUGUGCUACCGAUGCCUUGGAUAUAAUCACCUUGGAAAAGAAGCGAAGUCGUGUUUGCCCAGUCACAGGGUGCUACAAGAAUCACCACCAAUUGUUACAUGAAGUACCAAACCCAAAACCACCAACCCAAGACCCACCACCCGCCACGGAGGGGAUGCCGGUGACAAAAUCACUAUGGAGACAGUCGGCAAACAUGAAGGAAAAUCAGUAGCUCUUCGGACAGUACCAAUAAUUCUGAAAAAUGGUAAGAAACGACUACUAGUGAACUGCUUUCUGGAUGAGGGAAGCGAUACUACAUAUGUAAACGAGGAUGUUAUCGAGCAGCUUGGGCUUCGAGAAGAGAGAGAACCAGUGACCGUACAAGUAGCUAAUGCUCAUCAAGUUACCUUUAUGUCUACAACAGUCCAGAUCGGAAUCGAAAGUGUAGAUGGAAAAGUGGACAGUGUCAUUGUUGCUAAGACAUCUCAAAAGAUCUGUGGAAGAAUGAAGCCUACUAAUUGGGUAAAGAUUAAAGACAGAUGGGAUCACAUGAAAGAAAUCCCAUUUCCAAAACUUGCUCAAACCCAUACCAUUGAUGUACUGCUCGGAUCAAAUUACUACCAUCUGAUGUUUCCAAUGAAAGAGAUUCCAGGAAAAGAGAAUGAGCCAAGUGCUCGAUUGUGUCCCAUUGGUUUGACAGCCAUUGGAAGAAUUGACCAGGCUGGUAGGUUGGAGCAAUCUAACACGAAGUUUAUACGAACUUUCCAUGCACAUAGUGAAGAAACCCACCAUUCGGUAGUUGGGCAAGGUCAGGCGGAUGGAGAAUUGAACUCAACUGUUAAACAUUUUGGGACCUUGAAUCAAUCGGCAUAACAACAUCAAACAUUACUGAAAUGACACCAAUCGAGAAAUUGGCAUGGAAGAAAGCUCAGAGCUCACUGCGAUUUAACAGAGAACGUUAUGAGAUUGCGGUGCCAUGGAACGACGACCGACCCCAGUUGACAACUAAUUUACCGAUAGCAAAAAAGCGACUCAAGUCAGUUGAGCAGAAGUUGUUACGAGAUAACGAACUGGCCGCCAGGGCAUACCAAGGUGUAAUCGAAGAUUACCUCGAGAAAGGAUCGAUAUAUCCGUAAAGUUGUACAAGAUGAGUCAGUACCGGAAACUGAGUGGUUUUUACCUCACUUUCCCGUGGUAAAACCAGAGAAAACAACUAUUAAAGUUCGUGUUGUUUUUGACGGUUCGGCUACGUGCGAAGGAAAAAGUUUAAACACCGAAUCAUUGUUCAACAAUCAACCGGCCCGAAGUUGCAGAGCAAUGUAUUUGAAAUUCUAGUUGGCUUUAGGCAGGAAUUGGUUGUAUUAGUUGGAGACAUUAGCCAAAUGUACCACCAACUUGUGUUAUUACCAGAGGAUAGACCGCCGCAUCGAUUUCUGUGCUGAGAUUUAGAUCAGUCGAAGGAACCGGAAGUGUACGAGUUUCUGCGAUUUAUAUUUGGAGGUUGCUAUUGUCCGUUUUGUGCUCAGUAUGCUUGGCAAAUGCAUGCCGAGAUUCACAAAGAUGAAUUCCCAUUGGCAGCCACUGCAGUUCAGAAUCAUUGUUACAUGGAUGAUUUGAUGCCAUCUCUGCCAACGAUCGAAGAAGCAAAGGAAACACCACAACAAUUAUCGAAGCUUGGUGAUAAAGCAGGAUUCCAUAUUCGGAAGUGGUUAUCGAAUCGAGUCGAAGUUCUAGAGGACAUUCGAGCGAUAGAUCAAGCGUCAGAAGUAGAUUUAAACAAGUGCAUUUUCCCGGUGACAAAGACUUUAGGCGUGCUAUGGACAGCAACGGAAGAUUUGUUUUUCUUCCGAUGCUUAUCGCCUCCCGAGAAUUUCGAGUACACUAAGCGUAAUGUAUUGAAAAUGACAGCGAUGAUAUACGACCCUCUUGGCUUAUUAUCGCCAUAUAUUAUUCGAGCUAAAAUUUUAGUUCAGCAAGCAUGGUUAGAAGCGAUCGAAUGGGAUGACCCAUUACCGAAUCAUCUCAUAACACAAUGGAGACAGUGGUUUAAUGAAGCUCGUGGAAUUGAGCAGAUUAAGGUUCCUUGAUGUUUGAAAUUAACGGAACAAGUCGUAACAGCAUUAACUUUGCAUGCAUUUACAGGUGCAUCCGAGAAGGCGUACGCAGCUACGGUUUACAGCCGGCACGAAUCUCCUGAUGGAAGAGUGACAGUAAGGCUUAUUGCAUCGAAAACACGAUUGGCGCCUCUCAAGGCAAUCAGCAUUCCGCGACUGUAACUUAUGGGAGCUAUCAUCGGGUUAAGAUUGUCAAGACAAAUAUGCUUAGUCAUGAAUGUAUUGCCGAGCACAGUUACAUUCUGGGUCGAUAGUCUGAACGUCAUCUGUUGGAUUCAAGGACAGAGUCGGGACUAUAAACCUUUUGUAGCGAAUCGAGUGGGCGAAAUACACGAACAUUCUAGCCCAUAUCAAUGGAGAUAUGUAUCGACGAAAGAAGACCCUGCAGAUCGCGGUACUCGAGGAACAUCGGGUUCGGAGUUAGCUAGCGACGAACUGUGGUGGCAUGGCCCACAAUUCCUAUGCGAUACGGAAGAUAAAUGGCCGGAACGAAGAUCUUCGAAUACACCAGAUUCAAGUCAAGAGUUAAAGACGCAACAGACUUGAACAAUGUAUUUCUCGAUCGGAAGAGUCGGUAGACGAAUCCCAACCCAGAACUCUUAUGGCUAACGAGGUGGACCUGGUGUGGAGACUCGAGCCAACAAGACACUCCAAAUGGUAUAGAAUAAAUCAACCAGGGAAAUGUGAAGUAGGACUAUCGAUCGUGCGAGUGCGAAGUUAGGUUAAUCGGUUUAUCCGGAAUUGUAAAAGAACGCGCGAGAACAGAGAAACCGGGGAAUUAACACCAAUGGAGCUGAUCAUUAGCGAGGAAGACACAAUCAAAGAGACACAAGAGAAAUCUUUUGCAAAAGAGAUUGCUGCGUUCAAGAAAGGUAAACCGGUACCAAGAGCAGCUCUUUAUUAAAGUUAAAUCCAAGGCUCGAGAAUGGAAUGUUACGGUCGAAUACGAGAUUACGAAAUGCGAAGGAACUUUCGAACGAAGUGAAAUUUCCAAUAAUAUUGCCAAAGAAAAACCAUGUGACGAGUCUUAUUGUCAAGUAUCACCAUGAGACUGAGCAUCAUGAAAUGGGCGUGAACUUUACGAUCAACCAUCUAAGAGAGAAGUACUUAGUCCUGCACGCUCGUCAACAGGUCAAACGUUGUGUGAGUAGUUGUGCCGUGAGUUCUCGACGUUUUAGAUUACGGCGUAAGACACAGCAAAUGGCGCCAUUGGCGGACAUUCGUCUGGAAAUGACUGGCAGGCCGUUCGAAAACUGCGCAACCGAUUAUGGAGGACCUUAUUUUACAAAACAAGGACGGGAAAAGGUUAGAGCUAAACGAUAUUUGUGUCUUUUUGUAUGUCUACAGACUCACUGCUGUCAUCUAGAAAUGGCGUCGUCACAUGACGUCAGUGGAUUUAUGAAUGCAUUUUUGUAAGGAUGACCGCCCGACGUGGAUGGCCAAAGAAGAUGUUAAGUGACAACGGGACGAAUUUUGUUGCCGCAGGAAAAGAAAUACGUGCAUUAAUUGAACAACUAGACCAGAAGCGAAUAGAGAGAGCAACUGAGAAUAAAGGCAUUACGUGGUAUUGGAAUCCGCCCGCAGCUCCACACUUCGGCGGGGUCUUUGAGAGUAUGAUAAAGUCAGCCAAACGAGCAAUUCCUGCAGUUUUGCCAAACGCGGACGUCAAUGAUGAGGCAUUACAAACAGUUUUCACUGGAGUUGAAAGUCUACUAAAUUCUCGACCAUUGACAACGAUAAGUGAUGAUCCUAAUGACGAACUUGUACUUACGCCAAACCAUUUUCUCAUAGGGAAAAUGGGAGGAGAUAUUGUUCCCGAGAACGUAGAUACGACAGUAUUCAAUGCCAAGAAGCGGUGGAGACGGAUCCAAGAGUUAGUGCGACACGUAUGGAGACGAUGGAUAAAAGAAUAUCUUCCACACAUUGGAUCUCGAAAGAAAUGUUUUUUACCAACAAAGAGGAGAUGUUAUUGUGGUAAUUGAUCUAGACGCGGCGAGACGGGAGUGGAAAGUUGGGCGAAUAUGUUUGCGACGAAAGUCGACGUCCCCUGUUUUACAUACAGCUGUUUUUACAAUUAGGUUCUUCUUCUAAAGAUGAUGAUGAUGUUGAUGAUGACGAUAAGUAUGAUGAUGAUGAGGAUGAUGAAACAGGAGAAGGUGCGGUUUGCGCAGACAGGAUAUCCGACGGUGAGUCCAUAAUCUGUUAUUUUCAAUGAAGAUUACACUUAGCUUUUGACUCUGCUAAAUUUGUAUAAAAAUGAUCUAUCAAAGUCUGCUUGUCUGUAAUGAAAGCAGACAUCAAUUGUCUAUAGUUAUGAUCAUUGAUAAAGUAUAUAAAGGCCUUCUGUUGGUGUCAUUCAACUAAUUUAUAUUAAUUAAUGUUACCAAGAAGAAUCAUUACUUUUAUAGUUUC